AUGGACGCCUCUCUUGCGAGUAACUUGGUGCAUAGAGCAGCCACCGCCGCCCCGGCCAACGUCGACAAAGUUCUUCGCGUCGCACGCUCUUGGGCCUACCCAAAGCAGGUCCUCUACCUCCUCGCUUCUUUCAUCUCCCUCGUCGUCCUAUGCAACCGCCUCUCCUUUGCUUACCAGUACCUCACCCGCAAACGUACCUACCGCCAAUGCAAGCCAACGGACUGGUGGACAAUACCGAUCGGCAGGUGGUACACGCUCAACCUCACCGAGGUGGGUCUUACGGCUGCGUAUGUCGGCAUACUGCUCUCGUGGACCUUCGUCAACACCACCAGCGCAACCGGCAUCCCCGUCGAGGUGCAUUAUUAUAGCAACCGCGCUGGGACGAUCGCCGCCUCCCAGCUGCCGCUCAUGGCCGCCCUUGGGAUGAGAAACAAUCUCAUUUCGUGGUUUACGGGCAUCGGUUUUGACAAGUUGAACUUCCUCCACCGGAUGGCCGCCCGGUCUCUCUGCCUCAUACUCUGGAUCCACGCUAGUGGACGGCUUACCCUCGGCCUCCACGAUGACGAAGUCAUAACGAACGCCUGGAUUCGUAGCGGCGUCCUCGCCAUCACCUCGCUCACACUUCUCUGCUUCUUGACCCUCCGCCCCAUCCGCGAGCGCAGCUAUCAGGUGUUCCUGGGUGUGCAUUUCGUGCUUGCCUUCGUCUGCAUAGUCGCCAUAUUCUUCCACCUCCGAGGAAGACAACUAACUCACUACGGGGCAUGGCCCACUAUGAUUGUCUGGGGGCUCGACCGCUUCCUACGCAUCGUGCGCACCAUAGCACAUAACUUCGGGUACUUCAUGCCCACCAAAACUUCAUCCAAAAGCUCAGACCUAGACGCAUCAGUUGAAGUGCUUUCGCCACACUUCCUCCGCCUAACCUUGCACCGGCCGAGAUCGUUCAGGUGGCGGGCAGGGCAGAGUGCCUACCUCUCCUUCCCCUCCGUGUCGACGUUCCCACUCGAGGCGCACCCGUUUACGAUCGCGUCUAUUCCUGAUAUGGAGGAAGGUUUGGGCGCGAGUCUGGAUAACGAGAAAGGGAAAGACGAGCCUGAGAAUAGGGGAAAGAAAGAGAGGGAGCUCGUCUUCUUCGUGCGCGUGCGCCAGGGCUUCACUUCACACUUGCUCGAUUCUGUGCAGCCGGACAAAAGGCACAAGGUGUUCGUGAAUGGGCCAUACAGCUCUCCGCCCGUUCUGGUGGGGUAUAAUACGGUUAUUUUGAUCGCUGGCGGUUCUGGCAUCGCGUUUACCUUGCCGCUCUUCCUUGACCUUCUCUCCCGAGUCAAACGCAACGACGUCAGCUGCCAACGCGUCGUCUUCCUCUGGGCGAUCCGAGACGCAGAACACAUCCAAUGGAUCGCUUCAACCCUCGCCUCCACUCUCUCCUCCAUCCCAUCCAAUCUCGGCCUGUCCAUCUCAAUGAAAUUCUAUGCGACAGGGUCAAGUGCUCUCUCCUCUGAUAGCGCGUCCGCGUCCGCGUCCUCCCUUGCCGACGACGACCUAGAGAAGGCCACUCCGAGCACUGAGUCCGGUUCAGCUUCCGCGACUCCCAAGUUGAAGGAAGGAACAGGAAUUGGGGCCAUCCUCGAGCUGCCGUAUGUCCUCCUCGAGCGUGGCCGGCCGGAUCUGCGGAAAUUUAUACGGGAUGAGAUUGCGGGGUCGGUGGGAAGGGUUUCUGUAAACGUAUGUGGCACCUACGCCCUCACAGACUCCGUACGCGAGGCGAUCCGUGUCCCGCGCCUGAUGGAUAUCUUGAGAGGAGGGCCGACGGUGACGCUCCACGUCGAAUCUUUUGGUGGAUGA